AAGGGAGCCUGUUGCACGCUCGCAUCCUUGGAUCUCCCGCCGAUACUGUUGUAGGUCUACAACAAAUGGGGGAGCGCGCUGGAGUCGCAGCCUCUAGGAAUUGUAGUCGAGGCCCAUCAUUGGACAACCAGUAUCGUGUUCGUAUACGCCCCUCUGUCUACCUGCUUGUCUUGAUUCUCCUCAGACUGGACGCGCUGGGCGUCGCGUGCUUCAACCACAACUUUGAUGCGCUGAGCGGCAACUACAACGUCGUUAUCGCCGCGUUUUUCGCGCUCCGGCUGCCCGCCGACUGGCUGUUCACCCAAGCGCUCAAGCACCCGUGGCUCCUGCGCAUCCCGUCUGCGAAGCACAAAGUCCUCAAGAACUUCGAGGGCUACGUCGACCGGAUGGCUGACGAUAUCCUGAACGGUUAUGAGAAGCAAGACAC